CCAACACUACUUAAACAUGUGGGAAAUCUACUUACUGCCGAAUAUAUAAAGACAGAGGAGUCAGACAAAAAGAAAUUAAUAAAAGAUUUUUUAAAGCUACUAGUUGUCGAUAUAGGAACGAGCGUUAAUAAAACUGUCAUCGAAAAGUCAGCUCAUAAAAGACAUAAAAAACUGAAUCUCCCAUCAAUGCAAGAUAUUAUGAAAUUGUAUAAGCAUUUGGAAAAAGUAAGACGAGAAGCUUAUAUAACAUUGGAAAAGAUCUUUUCUUAUGAAAAUUGGGUUUCUUUAGCAGAAGCAACAUUAACAUCAAUCCACGUAUUCAAUAGACGAAGGGCAGGAGAAAUAGAACGAAUACUUAUUGAAGAUUUUAAAAAUUAUGAAACAAUAAAUGAAAACAUGUCUAGCGAUAUACAUAUACAUCAUUAUCAGAGAAGAACCGAAAAAUAGCAGAGAAUUAUAGUCGAUUCUGUAUAAGAGGUAAAUUGGGACGUACCGUGCCUGUGCUGUUGACGAAUGAACUGCUGAAAUGCAUUAAUCUGAUUUUACAAUUUCGUACACAAGCCAAAGUACCGCAGAAAAACCCAUAUGUUUUUGGACUACGUGGUUACAACAAAAAUAGAUACAGAUACCUAAGAGCUUGUCUUUUAAUGCGCAAAUUUGCACGAGAAUGUAAUGCAAUUGAAUCUUCAAGUUUACGUGGAACGAUUUUACGAAAACACGUAGCAACUCAUUGCAUACAAUUGAAUCUUAAUGAUGUCGAUGUUUCUGAUUUGGCCACAUUCAUGGGACAUGCAGAAAAAAUACACCGAGAACAUUACAGACAACCCCUAGCAAGCAGGGAUAUUCUUAAAAUAUCACAAUAUUUAGAGGCAGUUCAAGGUAAUAUGCAAGAAUCUUCAUCGGGCAGCGAAGACGAAGAAAAUGAAGAAGGACCACCAGAUGACAAUAGUCUAGAUAAUAAUAGUCUAACAACGGAAUGCCUUCGAAUGACUCCUGAAAUGUUUGACUGGCUCGUGAGUAAAGUUUCUCCACUUAUAAAGAAACAAGACACUCAUUUGCGACUAAGCAUUCCUCCUGAUGAAAGGCUAGCUGUGACAUUACGACAUCUUGCAACUGGUGAAUCCCAACAAUCGUUAUCUUUGCUCUUUCGAAUAGGUCAGAGCACCAUUUCAGGAAUUAUUAAAGAGACGUGUAAAGCUUUGUACAGUGUUUUAAAGGACACGUAUCUUAGAUUCCCAUCAACAGAAGAGGAAUGGAAAGCUGUAGCCGCUGAAUAUGGCGAUAGAUGGAACUUCAGCAAUUGUAUAGGUGCAAUGGAUGGGAAACAUAUUGUAAUUUCACCACCAUUACAAUCAGGGUCCUUGUAUUACAAUUAUAAAGAUUCCUUUAGCAUUGUCCUUCUUGCUAUUGUGGAUCCUCAACUACGCAUCAUUUAUGCAGAUGUGGGCACUAAUGGUCGCAUAUCAGAUAAAGGUGUGUGGAACAAAUGCUCACUAAAGCAGCAAUUAGAAGAAAAUACAAUAAAUGUUCCACCACCCACACCUCUUUCUCGCAUACAAAAACCAUUUCCAUUUAUUAUUGUGGCUGAUGAAGGGUUUAUGUUAACUAACAAAAUAUUAAUCCCAUAUCCCAAAGAACAACUUCGAGGCAAGAAAGAUCGGCGAAUAUUCAAUUAUAGGUAA